AUGAGCUUGCGGAACUCGAUUGGGCUGAGUAUUGUGAUUUUCCUGGUACUGCUCACCAACGAAAAAUGCCACUCUGCAAAUACGGAUGACUUGUCGGCCCAGUCGGAGAGAGAUGUUGUGGAAGCACUUGUAAGAAAGUGGGCCCCUUUGGUUUGGCUAGCGCCGAACGAGAAAUACCUACCUGGAUCGGUGUCCACGUUUUUGGAGCACGUGCACGCAGAGGAGGCCAAAAUCGUUACGGUCUACCCCGGUAACGAGAUAUCGGACGUAAGCGAGCUCAAUCAGUACGCUUACUACUAUGACAACGAGAACGAGCUGACCUACUAUGAUCCAACGGUGCGGCAGGCGCGUAACCGUAACAAGCGUAACUUUCGCGAUCCGGCCACUUCGUUGGAUCGAUUGUUUGAUCUACCGAUUGGCAACGAGUCCAAGAAUUGGUACCUGGUCACCAAUAACGACAUUGAAGAGCUGAUAGCCGAUAAGAGUUCGUUCAUCCACGGACAAAAUCCACAAAAAGAAAAUGUGCCAAUCUACGCGGUGGUCAGCAUGUGCCGUACGACGACCGCAUCAUCGUCCUCCAGCAGCGGCCUCGUCGUUGGCUCCCCGCCGUUGGGUGGCGUCGCGGCUGGGUCGUCUACGGUCACCGUGCAACCGCUACCGCUCUCGUCCACAGUGCCACUGCAACCACCGACGACGACUUUCCCGCCGACGCCACCGGCCGCUAUGCAUCAUUUUAGCCACAUUGAAAACGAAGUCGUCUACAACACCAUUGACCGAAUCGGUUACAAACGCCAACCGCAGUACUUCCCAGUCCACAAGAACAUCUUCGAACUGCAGCCGGAGCUGAAGCCGGACAUCAACAAAAUCGAAAAGAGCAUCCGCCUGAUACGGAAACGAAGACGCCGGCGGGGAAUUUCGAUCGUCGAUCCACCACCAUCCCGAGUGAAACCCGCCGAGGAGGACAGCACCGAAAGCCCCAGCAGCGCCGAAGAGUUGUUGUUCGAUCAGAGCAUCGAGGGUCGAGCAGAAGACGCGGACGAAGAAGAUAACAGUAGCAAUGAAAACGAGUCGGAUGAUUGGGAGACGAUCACCGAGCGUCGCGACGACAUCACCAUUCAGAACGGGGAGGAUUCAAACGAAUAUCCACACUUUCACGUCACCUACUGGAUGUUUUAUCCAUACAGCCAGGGUAAAGUAAUCUGCACGGUCAACCUGGGACCGUUGGGGCCAUGGCCGAUUCCCCUCAUAUUCGGGAUGUGUCUGGGGACGAAGAAGGAGUUUGGCAGCCACGUCGGCGAUUGGGAGCAUAUGAGUUUGUUCUUUCGAGGCAGGAAAGAACCUGACGAAAUGUAUGUCUCAGCGCAUGACGCCGGGGCCUUCUACACCUACGAACGGUUGACGGGGACGUUCGAGUACCGCAGCCAGGAAACGCGCAAGGGAAUACUGCAGAGGCCAACCUUCCCGAAGACGGUCAUCACCUCCGGGAAUCAUCCGGUGCUCUUCGCUGCCGAGGGAUCCCACGGCCUAUGGACCGCUCCCGGCAAGCACAAAUAUGUCCGCGUUCCCCGUUUGUACGACGUGAACGGUUUCGGAACACCGUGGACCACGUGGAAGAGCGUCGAUAUCAUCCACGAAAACGAUUCCAGGGGGCGAACCGCGCUGAACCCCAAGUGGCUCAAGUUCAACGGACGGUGGGGAAAUCCGAAAAAUCGAUGCCACCCGCUGAAGCGGAUAGGACUGCACAUCUGCGAACUGACGGACGGUCCAACGGGGAUUCCGCGAAAGAAGCCCCACUUCAAGUGCAAAAAGCGAUAAAUCUAGGAAGUGUGCACCACUUUUUCUCCGCCGUGCUAUGGAGAACUUAGACAAAUCUAUUUAUUUAAUAUUUUUAAUAAUUUAUUCUAAAACCCUCUACCCAUCGCCUGCCAUUCGAACGCAUUAUCGCCAAUCACUCGAUUACAUUCUACCGCAGAAAUCGUUAUUUAUUGAUUACUUUUAGUACUACUAACAUCCAUCAUCAUGUCCAUCGCCGCUGCAUACUCACUAACAUACCGAAUUUUCCGUAACUUAUUCUUUUAACUUUCCUAUCGAAUCGUUUUUCGUCUUUGCUUUUGAUUUUAUGUGCCGAAAGUCGGCAAACCCUACAAAACUUCAAUGUGAUUCGAGAAAGUAAUAUGUUCCCAGUAGUAUUCGAUAUAUCGACGCUAAAAUUGUACAUAAACUUGUUAUUUUUAUUGUUAUCGAACCAUAACAAAUAAUAAACCCAUGAAACGA